AUGGAAGAACAAACUUCAGAGGGGGAGAAAUUGGACAGAGGUGACGAUUUUCUGCGGACGUUAUUAUAUGCUAUCUACAUGGAUGCUGAGUGGAUGGGUUGCUUCUGUAAAGAAAUGCAGAGCCCCUGUGGAUGGCUGGGGAAGGUGGGGGCGGUGGAGGGGGUACAGCGGGCAAAUCGCAAUGAAAUAAAAAACGGCACUAUCCUUCGAUUAACCACAUCUCCAGCUCAGAAUGCCCAGCAGCUCCAUGAACGCAUCCAGUCGUCAAGUAUAGAUGCCAAGCUGGAGGCCCUGAAGGACUUGGCCAGCCUGUCCCGGGAUCUCACGUUCGCCCAGGAAUUCAUCAACCUGGAUGGCAUCUCUCUCCUCACCCAGAUGGUAGACAGCGGCACUGACCAAUACCAGAAAUUGCAGAAGAUUAUGAAGCCUUGCUUUGGGGACAUGCUGUCCUUCACGUUGAUGGCCUUUGAAGAGCUCAUGGAUCAUGGCAUCGUGUCUUGGGACACGUUUUCGGUGGCGUUCAUUAAGAAGAUAGCAAGUUUUGUGAACAAGUCGGCCAUGGACAUCUCAAUCCUGCAGUGGUCCUUGGCCAUUUUGGAGUCCAUGGUGCUCAAUAGCCAUGACCUCUACCAGAAGGUGGCACAAGAGAUCACCAUUGGCCAACUCAUUCCUCAUCUUCAAGGAACCGAUCAGGAAAUUCAAACCUAUACCAUCACUGUCAUCAAUGCACUCUUCCUGAAAGCUGCUGACGAGCGCAGGCAGGAAAUGGCAAAUAUUUUGGCUCAGAAGCAGCUGCGUUCCAUCAUUCUAACACAUGUCAUCCGUGCCCAGCGGGCCAUCAACAACGAGAUGGCCCACCAAUUAUAUGUUCUCCAAGUGCUCACCUUCAACCUCCUGGAAGACAGGAUGAUGACCAAAAUGGACCCCCAGGAUCAGGCUCAAAGAGACAUCAUAUUUGAACUUCGAAGAAUUGCUUUUGAUGCGGAGACUGAACCUAAUAAUAGCAGCAGCAGCGUGGAGAAACGCAAGUCCAUGUACACCCGGGAUUACAAGAAACUUGGCUUCAUUAAUCAUGUCAACCCUGCCAUGGACUUCACCCAGACUCCUCCUGGGAUGCUGGCUCUUGACAACAUGCUGUACUUCGCCAAACAUCACCAAGAUGCGUAUAUUCGGCUUAUCCCAUUCUACAAGUUAUCAUCGUGUGUAGCUGAAUUGUGUGCUAUUGCCAGUAGCAUGUCUAAUUUUACUAGCAAAAUUGAAGUUCAAACCUACAAGGGACUUGCUGUGGUGAGGCUACAGUUAGCCGCAUGUCCUCACAGCACCUGUGAUUGCCCACAGCUGGCCCAAUGGAAGAAGGGCAGUUUGGCUUCUUUCCUGCAUUUAGUAGCAUCUCUCGCCUGACCUGGCUGGUAUCCCUGUUGGGUGAGCUUUCUCUGGUGUCUGCCACUUUGGAAGAGCAAGAAGAGGAGCAGUAUAUGCAAAUGACUGUGCACCUAGAGACCAAGGACAGAUGGUAACUCCUGAGAAACCUGAUGAAAAGGAGACUUCGGGCUGUGUCCAUUGUAUACAAGGGUGACAACAGAGAAAACCCCAAGGGACACAGCCAGUUGUCCCAGUGCAGCAGAGCUGACAGCUUGCAGAGACUAGAAAUUAGUCCCACUUGUGUUGCCUCCAUUGUCCAGUAAGUGAAUAGUUGCUUACAGAAUUGAAGCAUGUUGCUGAAGUCAAGUACUAGAAUCUUUACUGUAUACUUCUUUAUUUGCAUACUCAAUUUAGAGAUUGGCCUCUCACUGCAUUUCCCAGGAGGAUCCUGAUGUAGUUGGCUCAAGUGAUCCUCAUGCCUCAGCCUCCCCAGUAACUGGGACUCUGGGCCUGCACCCCUGCUCCCAGCUCCCUUCAUGUAGCUUUACGGAUGAGGAAAUGGAGGUGUGAGAAACAUCUUGCCAUUCUGCAAUGCCUCAUAUCUGAAGGCAUGAUAAACAUUCUGAGAUAGAUCAGACUGUUUAUACUACCUAAAGUUUAUUUGCAUCCAAUGACUCUUAGCUAUCCUAGCCUGUGAAUGCAGUCCUGGCUUCUGAUGGUGCCAGGGAAGUGAGUGUUGUGCCUAGGUUGCAGGACCCCCACCAAGAAGACCACCGAGAGUCAACUUUACAGCUGUUUUGAGGUUUUAUUUAGGCGGGCUGCAGCUCGGGCCUCAUCCUACACUCUGACACAGCGGAGCCUAGGAGGAGAGCCCCAAGUUAAGGAUUUGCAGGUCUUCUAAAGGCAUACAACCAGGUGGGUUAGCACCACGUAUUGCUCUGCUCUGAAACGAGCAACAAAUGGUCACUGCCUCAAGUACUUUAACCCUUCAGUGAGCAUUCGCAUGUUUCCAGUUAUUUUCUCCCUCCCUCCCAGCUUAUCCCAUUCUACAAGUUAGAACGAGACACUUCAGCUCAAACAUGGCAUCUGUCUGGAGCUUAUCACCACACAUUAAGAGCUACCGAUAACUGUUGUCUUAGGACAGAAUUCCUUAAGUUACCUUCAGACAGUGUAGUUGAGUGAAUGAGAACACAGGGUGAUCAUGAAAGUUGCCCAUCAAAUGCCUAGAAAAGCUGGGGUCAUCCUCCAAUCCCUGCUGUACAAAUGCAGUAGGAGGCAAUGUCACAGGAGCACCAUGGCCUGACCUUUAAAAAACAAGUAAUUGAUUUUAUUGUAUUGUAAAGAUGCUGCACAGAGGGGUUACAGUUACAUGAGUAAGGUAAUGAGUACAUUUC